AUGUGCGAUCCCGAGUGCAUGCCGUGUGCCACCCCGAGUGUGCAUGCCGUGUCCCACCCCGUGUGUGAGUGCCGUGUGCCACCCCGUGUGUGCGUGCCGUGUGCCACCCCGUGUGUGAGUGCCGUGUGCCACCCCGGGUGUGAGUGCCGUGUGCGGUCCCGAGUGCACGCCGUGUACGGCCCUGGCCGGCCACAGGGGGACCCUCCGCUCCGGUGCUCGCCAGCUGCUCUGCUGUGUGACCUUGGCCCAGUCACUGGGCCUCUCGGAGCCAUGGCAGGUCCACCGGCCUGCGUCCUGCUGCUCCUCCUGGCCGCAGCCCCUGCCGCCGCCCGCUGCCCCAUGCUCUGCACCUGCUACCCGGCGCCGCCCACCGUGAGCUGCCAGGCCAACAACUUCUCGGCCGUGCCGCGGGCCCUGCCGCCCGGCACGCAGCGCCUCUUCCUGCAGAACAACCUCAUCACCGCGCUGCGGCCCGGCUCCUUUGGGCCCAGCCUGCUCACCCUGUGGCUCUUCUCCAACAACCUCUCGGCCAUCUACCCGGGCACCUUCCGCCACCUGCAGGCGCUCGAGGAGCUGGACCUGGGCGACAACCGGCACCUGCGCUCGCUGGAGCCCGACACCUUCCAGGGCCUGGAGCGGCUGCAGUCGCUGCACCUCUAUCGCUGCCAGCUCAGCAGCCUGCCCGGCACCAUCUUCCGCGGCCUGGUCAGCCUGCAGUACCUCUACCUCCAGGAAAACAGCCUGCUCCACCUACAGGAUGACCUGUUCGCGGACCUGGCCAACCUGAGCCACCUCUUCUUGCACGGGAACCGCCUGCGGCUGCUCACGGAGCACGUGUUCCGCGGCCUGGGCAGCCUGGACCGGCUGCUGCUGCACGGGAACCGGCUGCAGGGCGUGCACCGCGCCGCCUUCCGCGGCCUCGGCCGCCUCACCAUCCUCUACCUGUUCAACAACAGCCUGGCCUCGCUGCCGGGCGAGGCGCUGGCCGACCUGCCGGCGCUCGAGUUCCUGCGACUCAACGCCAACCCUUGGGCGUGCGACUGCCGCGCGCGGCCGCUCUGGGCCUGGUUCCAGCGCGCGCGCGUGUCCAGCUCCGACGUGACGUGCGCCUCGCCGCCCGAGCGCCGGGGCCAGGCGCCCGCGGACUCCCGCGGCCCCGCGCACGCGCCCGGGCUCGCCGCCCCGCUGCUUUGCCUGAUAAUCCUGGCGCCCCACCACCUCUGA